AUGGCAGAGUUGGAUGGGAACCCUGUGGAGACGUGUUCCACCGUUGGUUGUGAGAACGGAGGGACCUGCAAUGGAGGAGUGUGUGAAUGCACUGAAUCGUACACAGGAGAUUUCUGUGAAUCUGCUUUCUGCGGAACAGAUAUCUGUUACAACGGAGGUUCAUGUAUAGGUGCUGGAACAUCCUCUUAUUGUUUUUGUGGCCUAGAUUUCACUGGAGUAUUUUGUGAGAAUGCUUACUGCGGAACAGAUAUCUGUUAUAACGGCGGAACAUGCGCAGAUGCUGGAUCAUAUUGUGUUUGUGGCCUAGAUUUCACUGGAGCAUUUUGUGAGGAUGCCAUAUGUGGAUCAAUGAUAUGUUACAACGGCGGGGUGUGUUCAGAGUCUUUUCUCGUCUGUGAGUGUCCUGAGGGCUUCACUGGAAUAUCUUGUGAGACUGAACUGUGCUUGGGGUACACAUGCCAAACAUACUACCCUAAUAUAACAUGUAUUCCUGACGAUUGGAUAUGCGACAAUGAAACUGAUUGCAUUGAUAGUAGCGAUGAAGUAGGUUGCGUUAUCUCAAUAUCACCAUGCACAUCUGAUGCCUGUCUUAAUGGAGGGACUUGCGUGGAGAUUCCUUCUUCUUCAACCCCUGGUCCUACUGCCGCUUCGAGUUCGUAUUACUGUGAAUGCCCUAGUGGCUUUGGUGGUGCCUUCUGUGAAAGGAAAACACCAUGCACUCCUAAUCCUUGCCUCAAUGGUGGUAUGUGUGUCAACGUCAAUGGAAUGCCAUCAUGUAACUGUCAAAAUGGAUUCCAAGGAGACUUCUGUAAUACUAGUCCUCCACCAUCAAGCGGUCUCUCUCAGCAAACCAUCAGUAUCAUCGCUGGGUCAGCCGCAGCAGGGGUGGUCGUUAUCGUCCUCAUUAUUGUUAUCGCUUGCUGCUGUUGCCGUAGAAACGGAACUGAUGAUACUGAUAGGCUCACUGGUCUUGAAAUGGGGCCCGGAAAUCAGCGAAGGCGGAGAUCCCAUGAUUACACCCCAUCCCCUGCCAAGUCCCUCAUGCCAGCAAUCCCCAAUCUCAGGAUCUCAAAGAUGCGGGAUGAGACCAAGAUGGAGUUCCCUCGCAAUCGAUUGACUCUCCUGAACAAGCUCGGAAGCGGAUCGUUCGCUGACGUCUACAAAGCUGAAGCCAUGGGUAUCUCACCAAAGGAGGAGAAAUCUAUAGUAGCUGUGAAGAGAUUAAAAGAUACUGCCACAGAGAAUGAUAAGAGUGAUUUAUCCAAGGAGAUUAGUCUCUUUAUGUUUCUUGAUCCUCAUCCUAAUAUUGUCAAUAUUCUAGGAUGCUGCACUGAUGAGGAUCCCUGGUACAUCCUGAUGGAAUACCUACCGAAUGGUAAUCUACAGGGCUACCUAAGACAGAUAAGGACAGGGGAUUCCAUGGCUGAAGAAUAUCGGUACCUCAAGAAGCAGAAAGAUAUUCCACCCAAUGAUCUUCUUAAUUUUGGUGUUCAAAUUGCGAGAGGAAUGGAGUACCUAGCCUCUAGACAAUGCAUCCAUCGUGAUCUAGCUGCUAGGAACAUUCUUCUGGGAGAAGGGUGGGUCUGCAAGGUGUCUGAUUUUGGUCUUGCGAGAGACUUGGAGGACGGACAGACUUACGAGAUGAAAUCACAGGGUCGUGUUCCUGUACGCUGGAUGUCUCCAGAGUCCUUGCUUCAUAAUUCAUACACCUCCCAGAGUGAUGUUUGGUCAUUCGCUAUUCUUAUAUGGGAGAUUGUCACAUUAGGAUCUCACCCAUACCCUGGUAUGUCAUCAAAGCAGGUCGUCAAGGAGAUCUCCGCUGGGUACAGGUUACCUAGACCUGAACAUUGUAGUCAAGAUAUAUAUGAUUUAAUGAAGGAAUGUUGGGCUUAUGAUCCUGAUGAGAGACCGACCUUCAGCAAGGUUAAAGCCAGAUUAGAGAAUAUGUUAGCCGAUGCCCAGGGUUAUCUUGUGAUGACAAGUUUCAAUGGUGAUGACUACAUAUAUCUUGACCCAGACCAACACACCGGAGAACAAGACAACGAGGGAUUCUCUCACCUGUAAUAAUGACAAACACCCCUCCAGCUGAAAUAGGAUAAUCAAGAUGUCUGUGGAAUGAUGAUCAUAUGGAACAUUCCAAAGUAGUAAAUAGGGGUGCUCAAUUUUUUAUCAUGAUAAUGAAAUAUGUUUUUGAUAUGCUGAAUUCUACUUUUUCUGUUUUUUAUUUUAGUAUUCAUGUGAGGUGUAUCUGUAGAAGUUUGCAAGUAAAUUAUUUAUACAUAUAGCAAGUUUAUAAUGUUUUCAUUUGCUGUGUGUGAUAUUUCUUCAUAAUGAUACAGAUCAUGACUGAGAUAUGCAAGUAAGGCCUAGCAUUUUUUGCAAUUUUUAAACAGAUGCUUCUUUUCGGUCAGUUAGCCUUUUU